UAAGAGACUCGUUUAGUGUGCAGAUCGUUUUGUGUGUGUGUGUUGUGAGUGGAUUUAGUUUAAAAAUUAAGCCUAAAUAAAUACUGAACUAAACGUGGAAAUUAACUAAAAAAAAUUAAGCAAAAUGUUUGUGCAACAAGCUAGACGUGUUUUUCUAAACAAUUGCCUUUACAACAAAAACACUGCAUUUAAGCUAAUUGCUUGCUAUUCCACAAGUGGUAAACCAGCCAAUGGUAAAAUCUAUAACAGCGCCGCUGAUGCUGUAGCUGAUUUACAUGAUGGUGCCAAAAUCUUGUUUGGUGGUUUUGGCCUCUGCGGCAUACCAGAGAAAAUGAUUGAAGCUAUUAAAGAAAAGGGUGCCAAAAACUUAACUGCCGUCUCAAAUAAUGGAGGUAUUGAUGACGCCGGUUUGGGUGUUCUCUUGAAAUCUCGUCAAUUGGGCAAAAUGAUUGUCUCGUAUGUGGGUGAAAAUGCUGAAUUGGUCAAUCAAUAUUUGUCCGGUGAAUUGGCCGUAGAGUUGACACCUCAAGGCACCUUGGCCGAAAAGAUAAGAGCCGCUGGUGCUGGUGUUCCAGCUUUCUUUACACCCACCGGUUAUGGUACCUUAAUCCAAACAGGUGGAGCCCCCAUUAAAUACGGCAAAGAUGGUAAAAUUGAAAUUGCUAGCAGACCAAAACCAGUGCAAGAAUUCAAUGGCAGAAACUAUGUUAUGGAAGAGGCUAUGUUUGCUGACUUUGCCAUUGUAAAGGCCCAAAAAGCUGAUCUCUACGGCAAUUUAGUUUUCAAUAAGGCUGCCCGUAAUUUCAAUGCCGCUAUGUGCCGUGCUGCCAAGGUCACAAUUGUCGAGGUCGAAGAGAUUGUACCAGUGGGUGCUAUUGACCCUGAUGAAAUUCAUAUUCCCGGCAUUUAUGUCAAACGUAUCUUCAAGGGUACCAACUAUCAGAAGCGUAUUGAAAAGGUACGCAUUACCGAGACUGAUGCUGGCAAGAAAACUGCACCUACUCCAGCUCAAGCUGUACGUGAACGUAUUGCCAAACGUGUGGCCAUGGAGUUCCGUGAUGGUAUGUAUGCCAAUUUGGGUAUUGGUAUGCCCGUACUUGCCUCCAACUACAUACCCGAGGGCAUGAAUGUUAUGUUGCAAUCGGAGAAUGGUAUUUUGGGUUUGGGUCCCUUCCCCACCAAGGAUAACGUUGAUCCCGAUUUGAUUAAUGCCGGUAAAGAAACGGUUACUGUUGUACCUGGUGCUUCUUUCUUCGGUUCCGAUGACAGUUUUGCCAUGAUCCGUGGUGGUCAUAUGGAUUUGACUGUUUUGGGUGCCAUGCAAGUCUCAGGUACUGGAGAUUUGGCCAACUGGAUGAUUCCCGGUAAACUUGUUAAGGGUAUGGGUGGUGCUAUGGAUUUAGUUGCUGCUCCUGGCACUAAAGUUGUCGUUACAAUGGAACACAAUGCCCGUGAUGGUUCUCCCAAAAUCUUGGAUUCUUGCUCCUUGCCUUUGACUGGCAAAAAUGUUGUUGACUUAAUUAUUACCGAAAAGGCUGUUUUCGAGGUGGAAAAGGGAGCUGGUCUUACUCUUCUUGAAGUAGCUGAAGGUCUUACCGUUGAUGAUAUUACUGCCUGCACCGGAGCUAAAUUCCUGGUUUCCCCCAACCUCAAGAAAAUGUCACAAAUUUCAGCUUAAUUUUGUACAUUUGAAAACAUGAUCAUGGACUGGUUCUAUCCUCAUACCUCAACACACACUUUAAUUUUAAGAAUAAUACAGAAAAUGAAAAACACACUUUCUAAAGUUUGAUUUAAAUUAAGUCGUUAGAAGUUGAAAAUUGCAUUUAGUUAGAAGUCAAAUAACAUUUCUAAACAUACAUUUAAGAGUAACAAAUAAAAACUGCAUUUAUUUUAAUAUUAAUUAAUUGACUUGUAAUAAAGUAAAGUGAAUUGAAAAAGUUAUAAA